AUGUGCAGAGGAUUAGCUGCCUUCCCCUCGUCUUGUCUGGAGAGGGCAAAAGGCUUCAAGUCUCGCCUGGGGAGUUUUCUACAGAGACAUGAUUGGAGCUUUCUCUGUUACUCUUACAGAGCAACUAAACCAAGGCUAACCUUGGAAGAAUGCCUGAAAUGGAAGGAAUCUUUUGAGAAUCUGCUGUCAAAUAAACACGGACUGUACGCUUUUCGAGCUUUCCUCAUCUCCGAGUUCAGCGAGGAGAACAUCGCUUUCUACCUGGCCUGCGAGGAUUUCAAAAGGACCAAGUCGCCGUCAAAGCUCCUGGCCAAAGCCAACAGGAUUUAUGAGGAAUUCAUCAGCAGUGAAGCGCCUAGAGAGGUAAACAUCGACCACGAGACUCGAGACAUAACUCAGAUGAACGUGAAGUGCCCUACGGUCGGCUGCUUUGACAUGGCUCAGUACCGAAUUUACAUCCUCAUGGAAAAGGACUGUUACCCACGAUUCCUCCGCUCCGCCGCGUACCGCGACCUGAUUGGCCAGCUCAAGGUGGAAAAAAGCGGCAAAAUGGGGACAAAGAAAGCGUGA